GUGUUAUCGUUCGACCUUAGGUUUUGUUCAGACGAAGUAAUCUCGACUCGUUCAUAGGAAAUUUAUUCUUUCUACGAUUAUUUAAUGUCAAUUUAUUUCAAUUCAAACAUUUGGAUUAUUCAUAAAGAGUAACAAACAAAAUUUAAAAAAGAAAAAUGGAUUAUGAUGACAUUGAAAUUGAGAGAUGUACUCAAUUAACCUUUCUCUCUUUAUACAAUAAAUACCAUAUACAUACACAUAUAUAAUAAUGGAUGGAUGUUAACUACACUUAUGACUAACUCUCAAGUUCAAGAUUAUUUAUUUCCAACUGUCGGUAGUGGAAUAACACCAACCAUAACAACUAUUACUGGAGAAACAAGUGGAAUAGCCACAGGGACAACAACAACAACAACCUCUACAACACCAUUUCCACCAACAACUUCAUCAUCAACAUCAACAAAAUCAUCAUUAAUUAUUGCAUCAACUUUGUUGUCAUCACCAUUAAGCAAAGAAAGUGAUGAUAAUAAUUCAUCAUUAUUACAUUGUUCAAUGAAAUCUCCUCAAGAAAACCUAAUUAACCAUUAUGAUAAUCAUCAUCAUUGCAAUGAAUUAUUAUUAUUACUAUCAUCAUCAUCACCGCCACCGAAUUCAAUGAAAUCCUUCGAUACAAGAUCUUUUAAUGCAUACGAUGAUGAAGAUGAGAAUGAUAUUGAUGAAGUUAGAAUUUUUCACGAUGAUAAUGACGAUGAAGCUAAUGCUAAUAUUACCACUGAUCAAGAGACUAGUAGUUGUGGAGCUGUUAAAGAAAUAUCUUUAAAUGCUGGAAGGAAAGACUCCCCUAUUCCACGAUCUCCUACUAUUGAUUCUUCAUGUUUAUUAUUAUCUUCAUCACUAUCAUCGUCUUCUGUACUGUUAACACCUUUACACAUAUCUAAAGAAUCAUUUACACCUGGAAUAUUAUGUUAUGAACAACAGGAGAAGAAGGAGGAAGAGGGUGAUGAAGAAGAGGAGAAAUCAUGUGAAGUUAACGGAAUUUAUUGUCCUACAACAAGUGAAAGCUCUACACAAUCAUCAUUAUCAAUAUCAACUGUGUCACUUCAACACCAACACCACCUCCAAGAACAACAACAACACACCCAAAAUCAUCGUCAACAUCAUCAUUCCUUAACUGAAAAUUAUUAUUAUACAACUACUCCUCAACAAGAUAGCUGUCAAAAUCAAUUCAUUCAGAGAGAAGACAAAUCAAUCAAUCAAGAAAUAACUACAGCCUUAACAUCAAAUGAUUGUAAUCGGAUAAUCAGUCUUAAAAAUGAUCAAAAUCAAAACCAAAGUAAAGUCGCUACGCAUAAACAAGGGAAUUUAAAACAAAAUUCAAUAAAUAAUGAUCAUGGUAAACAGUCAUGGAAUAAUAAUGAUGUUGUCUACAAAAAAAGGGCAAGUGAUAAACAUCAGGUUGCUAAGACUGCAAAAAAUAAUAAUGAUGAAAUUAUAAAUUGUGGUGAUGAAAAUUCACAACGACGAAAAACAUUACGUAAACAACAAAGUCAUUGUCGGUCAAUGAGUAGUCCAAAGAUAUGUAAAAGAACAGAAGUCAUCCGAUCAGGUACCACGCAUGGUGUCGGUGAUGGCGUCCAAGAUGGAACAACAGAUUCAUUAUGUCGUGUUAAUAAUAAUUUCAAGAUACUACAUACUUCUACAUAUAAUUCAAUUGGUCAACCACAACGUACUAAAACUCCAGUAUCAUCGUGUUGUAGUAAUAAUGAACAAAAGCCUGAACAAAAAAACAGUUCAUCAUCAUUAUUAUUGUCAUCGUCAUUAUCAUCAUCGUUUAUGAAAGAUAGAAGAGCAAUAUCGAAAGCAGCAGAUGAAAAACGUUGUGCUAUAAAACAAGCUCAUCUGUUAGCUUCUGAAGAAGCAGUCAUUCUAGCUAGACAUAAAGCAUCUGAGCGUAGAGAGGCUAAAUUAAUGGAAAUACGUCAACGUUUAAAAGUUAGACAUGAACAAGUUGAAGCAAGGAGGAGAGCUAUUGAAAUGGCUGAACAGGUGAGAUAA